AAUUUUAAAUAUCCCACGUCCAGAGGCUGUGUGGCCACCAAUGAGAAAUAUGGCGUGAGUCGCGCUACGUUGCGAUUGGCCUGCUACCUGCCCGUCUAUUCCAGGAAGGGGAACUAGCGUGACGUCAGACUCAGUGGAAGAAGUGGGUUGUGUUGUGACCAUGGAGGACCUGCUAACAGGAGACAUCCGCCCAGUUCGCCGGGCACCUCCUCCUCCAUCAUCCAGGAAAGCAGGGCCACAUCCUCGGAAUGAUGAUCUCCUCAUCAUAGACCAAGGAGAAGAAGAAAAUAUAUACAGCACAGGGAGGUCUAAAGCACCACCACAAAGAUCCUCCCAAAAUGGUCUACCAAGGUCUGCCUCACUACCACUCAACAAUGGCUCACAGAAGAGAGCCCCUCCUCCGAGACCUCCCCCACCCAAAAAAAAUCCAUCACAUAAGUCUAACCAGCAACCUGACUACUCAAGUUCUUCAAAAAGUGGUGUGGGGAGCAUCAUUGGUAAACUUCGUGGUCCAGCAGCAUCAUCCCGCUCAAGACAGUCACUCACUCACAGUUCCACAUCAGCACCUUGCACUCCAGUGACUGAGGCAUCACUGAUAGACUUGUCUUCCCCACCUGGCUCACCUACUACACGAUCUGGCAGUGAUGGUCUCAGUGUUAACAGUUUUGGCAGUGAAUCAUCAACUGGCAACCAGAGUUCAGGAUUUGAUGAUAGCUUUGAUCCUUUUGGUUCUAUCCAGGAGAACAAUAUUUAUGCAGUACCCAAAAAAAUAGGAGUAUCUUCAUUUUAUUCAAACAUGUCUGCUCCUACAUUUUCUGCCUCUCAGAAUAUAUUUGCUCUUGAGGAAAACCAAGAUCCUUUUGAUACUUUAGCAAACAGAGCAAGUAAAUAUAAUAUUAAAAAUCAACAACUUCACAAUAGCUCAGCACCUCUGAGCACCUCACAGCUAACCAGACCACUUAAUCAGAUUAAAUUAGACACUCAAAUCACUUCUUCAAAACCAGAAAAUAAAAGUAAUUUUAAGCCCACUAUAAUACGUCCUAAAGCUCCAGUUUCUAGUGUUCAGGUUGAAAGAGCAGGUGAUAAUGUCAUAAGCUCUCAAAUGGGAGAACUGGAAACAAUAAACUGGAGUACUGCUCUUAAAGGAAACACUGCAAAACAACCUGGUACAAGAGAUAAUAGUAGCUCACACAUAAUGGAUCAAACUAUCCCUGAAGAACCUCCACCACUCCCUCCACGGCCAGAAACAGAACAAGAGGAUCAUGAUAGACCACAUGGCAUUGCAGAUUUUGACUUCAUUGGAACACAGCCAGAUGAUCUGUCAUUAAAGACAGGUGAUGUGGUCCAGCUCCUCUACCGGAUUAGUGACGAAUGGCUCUUUGGACGGUGUGGACCCAAAGAAGGCAUGUUUCCACAAAACUUCAUCAAGAUUGUGGUGCCUCUUGCUGGUGAGCAGACACAGUCUAGUCACUCUGCCUCGACUGGCACAUCAGGCUCAACUAAAUCUAAGCAGUCUGCUGCACCCAAAGCAAGUCCUGUCAUCCACACAGCUACAGUCAUGUACACCUUCCUGGCAGAAGCUCCAGAGGAUCUCACAGUACAUGAAGGAAACUUAGUUCAAGUGACGGGUCAUCUAAAUGACCAAUGGUUGUAUGGACAGUGCAAUGGAAAAUGGGGACAGUUCCCAGCAAAUUUUGUGGACUGUAUACCUCCAAAUCUUCCUCAGGUAUGACCUCAGUAAGCGUAGGCUGGUUAUAAAAUGAAUAGAUAUACUGUGCUCAGGUAAAAUUAUGCCCGAGAUCCCACAUAGUAUGUUCACCCAAACAUUCAGUGAUAGUGUGUGUGUGUGUGUGUGUGUGUGUGUGUGUGUGUGUGUGUGUGUGUGUGUGUGUGUGUGUGUGUGUGUGUACAAACAAGUAUUGAUGUAAACUAAAGAGAACCUAUCAGGACUUCAUAUGGAUGCAUACCAAUAUUUGAAUGAUUGAAUAUAAAUAUAUGGUCAAUUUCUAUUAUUUCAUCAAAGGAAGAAAUUGUCACUUUUCAAUAAUAGUUUUAUUUAUAACUCAUGAAUAUACAUCAGAGUUCUGAAAUUAUAAACUCAGCAUGUGCAAUCUUCCAUUGUGGAUGAAUUAAUGAAAUUAAUGAACAUGGCUUUGGCAAAACAAGUAUAAGUUUUCACGUUUGAAUUACAUGUUUGUAACAUUUACCAUCCACCAGUAAGUAGCUUGGCUGCCUUAGGAGUUAACUACUUGACCAUCUUUCCUUAAGAUGUGACAUUUGUAGAAUGCAUGAGAGAGAGAGAGAGAGAGAGAGAGAGAGAGAGAGAGAGAGAGAGAGAGAGAGAGAGAGAGAGAGAGAGAGAGAGAGAGAAA